CUGGCUGCAGCGGAGCAGGGCAUGGAGGGAUUCGUCAAGGGUCUUUUCCAGGGGAGCCCUGAUCUCAGCACCCUUACUCACACCAUUGUGCGGAAAAAAUAUCUUGCCCAUGUUGGGAAGGAGUUUUUGAUGAAAGAGGAGAAAGAUAAUCUCAAACGGCUGAUAGAGAAAGAACUGCUCCAGAUUCAGAUUGAAGAUUCUGGCGAUGAAGAUUUAUUGACUGAAUUACAGCCUUCAGUCAGAUCUGGGGGCCAAAAGAGAACUCUUUGCAUCUCUGGUAGCUCUGGAGAUGAGGUAGAAUACAAACCCGAGCUGAAGAAGCGACGAACUGUGAAGGAGUCGGAACUCAGUUCCGACAAAGAGGAUUCUGGUAUUGAUUCCAAGAAGGCGCAAGUCUGUCAUGGCCCAAAGCAUGCUGGGAAAUCCUCGAGCUCUGACCACGGAGACUCUGGUGCAGAAGGUCACGCCGCCACAACUGGGAGCGAGGAGGAGAGUGUGAAGAACAGCACUACACCAUUGGGUAGCCUGUCCAGCAAGGGGCGGCAAGGCAAGGGAAAGGGGGGAAAGUCGGGGACUGAGUCACAAGGGAGCAAAGGUGGUGAUGUUGAAGAAGAGGUCAGCAAAACAAGGAAGGCAACCAAGGGCCAAAGUGGAGAGUCUGAGAAUAAUUCUGAGCAGGACCUUAAAGACUGCAAGCUCCAGAAGAAGAAAGGGACAGACAGAAAACGGAAAGGACCUAGCAGGGCGGAGAAAGGCGAGUGUAGAAAAAAGGAUGAGCAAGGGGGGAAAAGAGAGGCUGAGUCGGAAGAGGAAAGCGAGCUGUCUGAGAAGUGUGGAACGAGGAGAACGGAUUGGAGUGAUAGUGAAGAGGAAAGGGCAGGAGGUGAUGGCCGAAAGGCUGAGAUCCCAGGAGGCCCAGGAAGUCAGAAGGCUCGAGAGCAGAGCCAGAGCGAGGAGGAAUCCGACCACGCUUCAAGGGAGAAGCAGAAAACACAGGGAAAGGUGAGUGGUUAUAAACACCGAAAGAAAGCUGCGAGCGCAGAGGAGUCGGAGAGCGAUUCGGACAAGACCAAGGGCAACGGCCAGAUGAAGAAAGACGCACGCAAGACCAAAUCCCAGAGGGCGAGUGCAGAGAAAUUGCAGUCAGACAGCGAUUCGGAAGAAAAGGAGGUGCUUAAGAAGGUGAAAAAACAAGGGACGAAAAGGGCACAGGAGAGGAGGACGGGCAGGAAAGAACCUGAGGAAAAUCAGAAGUGCAGGAAUCCAGUAAAGCCACAAGGAGGGCUCAAGCCCAAGAGGCGUGUGAGCAGAAAAGAGUCAGGAAGUGAGGCGGAGGCAGAGAAGGGCUCAGGACAAAAAAAGAAGGGAAUGUGGAACUCCAGCAGCAGCGAAAACGAGUCCCAAAGCGAGGAAGCCCUGAGGAGGAAAGGUAAAAAGCAGCCUGAGAAGAUCACCAUUAGCAGCGAUGACUCAGAAAGCAGCUCUGAAGAACCUGCAGGGGUGAAUCAGAGACGAAAGAGAAUGUCAGAAGAGAGGAAAGUGAACAAGGAGGUGUCCGGGAGCGAAUCUAGCCAGGAGGAAGAAGAACCAAGAAAGAAAGGAGCAGAGAAGCCCCGGCGCGAAAGCAUCAGCGAAGCAGAAUCAGAGAGUCAUUCUGAAGACUGGGGCAGCAAAUCUGCAGGGAAGGCGAAAAGCAAAAGCAGACAGGAGAAAGGGACACAGAAACUCAAAGGCAGAAGUAACAGCAAGGAAAAAUUGAGCGAAUCAGAUGAGGAGGAAGAGCACGGUAGCUCAGGAGAGGAAGACAUCCCUAGUUCUUCCAAACAGCGACAUCAAGGAAAGGACAAAGAGCAUCGUUCCACAAAGGGCGAGGAUCAUCCUUCAGUCCAGCGUUUGAAGCGCUACAUCCGGGAGUGCGGGGCACGCAGGAAUUACAAGAAGCUGUUUAUGGGAUGCCGUUCCCGCAAAGCUCAGUUGGAGGUCUUGAAGCAGGAGUUGGAAAACCUGGGCCUGAAGGGGACACCCACUCUAGCCAAGUGCAAGGCCUUGAAGAAGAAGCUGGAAGAAGCUGCUGAAGUGGCAUCACUUGACCUCAGCAACAUUAUCACUACGGAAGGUCGCCCGAGGCGUCGUAACGUCUGGAGUCUCUACCGCAAGUCGGAGGAGCCACCCAGAUCCCCAGAGGAGUCUCCCAUCCGCCGUCCUGCGACGGACUGGUCCCGUCUUCGAGGGGUCAUCAGUUCAGAUGAUGAAAGCGAUUGA